CAAUUUGAUAUGCACCCUGUGGAACACAACAAAACACACAUAAUAAACAUAUUACAACUUCUUCUUCUUCUUCCAUUGACCAUUGUUGUUGUUGUUGCUUUUGUUCGUUCUCGCCAUGCCAAUGUUGUCUUCGAGAGGCUUCAUCGCUUAUCUCGUAUCUGCUUUCUCUUGUGCUGUUCUGUCUGCGCUUUUUCUCACCAACCACAUCCAUCAUGAUGAUAACAAGCCAAUUACUUUGUUAGCCUCUCGUGUGUCUGAAACUCUUAAAGUUUGGCCAGACUUGGAGCCAAGUUGGAGACUUGUGUUGGCAACGGUUAUUGGGUUUCUUGGAUCAGCAUGUGGAACCGUUGGUGGGGUUGGAGGUGGAGGCAUUUUCGUUCCCAUGCUCAAUCUGCUUCUUGGCUUUGAUACUAAGUCUGCUGCUGCUCUUUCUAAAUGUAUGAUAAUGGGGGCAUCAGCAUCAUCGGUUUGGUAUAAUGUGAGAGUGCCGCAUCCAACGAAAGAGGUGCCCAUAUUAGACUAUGAUCUGGCUCUUCUGUUCCAGCCUAUGCUCAUGCUUGGAAUCACUGUUGGUGUUGCUCUCAGUGUUGUCUUCCCUUACUGGCUUAUCACUGUUCUCAUCAUCAUUCUCUUCAUAGGGACUUCUUCAAGGUCAUUCUUUAAAGGAAUUGAGAUGUGGAGGGAAGAGACUAUUUUCAAGAGAGAAAAGACCAAGCAACGGGCGACGUUGGUUGAUUCUCAUGGUGAAGAUAAGACAGUUAGAAUCGACACAAAAUAUGAACCGCUGAUUCCUAAAGAAGAGAAGUCAACUAUACAAAUUUUAUGUCUCAACCUUAGGUGGAAGAGGAUUCUGGUACUGAUUGUGGUGUGGGUUGCUUUCCUUCUAGUUCAAGUCAUCAAGAAUGAUGUAGAGGCAUGCGGUCCAUGGUAUUGGGUGCUUUUUGGCUUGCAGUUUCCAAUUGCACUUUUGGUGUUUGGGUAUGAAGCAGUGAAGUUGUACAAGGAGCACAAAAGGAGAAUGAGCACAGGGAACCUAGAAUGCAUCUGUGAGGCUUCUAUAGAAUGGACUGCUAUGAACCUUGCAUUUUGUUCAUUGUGUGGCAUUGUAGGGGGAAUUGUUGGAGGCCUACUUGGUUCUGGAGGUGGAUUUGUUUUGGGACCUCUUCUUCUAGAGAUUGGUGUCAUUCCUCAGGUUGCUAGUGCUACAGCAACAUUUGUGAUGAUGUUUUCAUCAUCUCUGUCAGUGGUUGAAUUCUACCUUCUCAAGAGGUUCCCCAUUCCUUAUGCAUUAUACCUCACCUCAGUGUCUGUUUUGGCUGGCUUCUGGGGACAAUUCUUUGUAAGAAGAUUGAUUGCAUGCCUUGGGAGGGCAUCAAUCAUUGUAUUCAUCCUCUCAGGUGUCAUUUUUGCUAGCGCCCUCACCAUGGGUGUGGUUGGCAUUGAGAACAGCAUUCAAAUGAUAAACAACCAUGAGUUCAUGGGAUUCUUAGGCUUCUGUUCCAGUCAGUGAUAUAUUUUAUUCUAGAGUGCAUUGCAUUGGGCAUAGCAAACAAAAAGGAUAAUACAAAGUUGGUGUGAAGAAGACUUGUAAAAUUAAGUGUGUAGGACAAUGGCACUACCAAAUGUUGGUCAAUGCCUAGUUGACCAACAAGGAAGAUCAGUGCCAAAUUAUAAGGUUUUCUUGCCUUCCUAUCAGUGAGAAUAAAUUUGUGAAUGUGUGUUAGCUCCUCGCUAACACAUAUCUUAUAGUGGUUUAAUUUAUAUGGAUGAGUGUUAGCUCCUCACUAACACAUCUUGUAGUGGUUUAAUAAAUCUGUGGAUGAGUGUUAGCUCCUCGCUAACACAUCUUAUAGUGGUUUCAGAUGUAUUGAAUUUGUGUCAGAAAAAAAAGAAUAAUGGAAAUGAUAUCAGAUUGUUUUAUA